AUGGCCUUCAAACGUAUACCCUAUCUCCCUCCUUCAGGUAUAUCAACAAACAUUCUCCCCUGGGCUUGUUGGCAGAUUUGGAUAUCCCGAAAUCAACUCAUCUUCGAAGGCAAGAGCCCAUCAAUCAAAGAGAUAGCUCUCCGUACAGUGACUUCGGCUCGAGAGUGGAUCGCUGCACAAUCAACGACUCAGCAGAAGCAAACCGCACAACCACAGGCUUCAAAGUGGCACUACAAAGAUCCGGAACUGAAGAACUCCAUCUGCUGCUUCUCCGAUGCUUCAUGGAAUAAAGACAGUCAACGCUCGGGUCUCGGUUGGAUCUUCAGAGAUCAGAAACCCACCAUCUGUAAAGGAUCGAAAGUGAUGGAUUCUGUUAGAUCACCUCUGUUGGUUGAAGCUCUCGCCGUUCGAUCAAGUCUCCGACAUGCAAACCUCAUCGGAAUCGAAGACCUCACUGUCUUCUCGGAUAACCAAACGCUCAUCAAAGCUCUUAAUAGCAAGCUAGCACCAAAGGAGAUAUUUGGAGUCGUCGCCGGCAUCAAAGGUCUUGCAGCUUCGUUUAUCUCAAUCGCUUUUUUCUCUAUCUCUCGCGCAAAGAAUCUUGAGCCAGAUGGUCUCUGCAAAUCUGUCUUGCAAAACCCAUCAUCUGUUAUGGGCUUUUCUUUGGGUCGUAAUUUCCCCACUUCGAACUUGUAUUGGGGUGGACCCUAA